AUGUGUUCGGCGAACGGCGAAUACGGAACGUUCGUCGAAUCGCAAGCCACCCGUCCCACCACUCGGGAUUCGCCGACCGCCGCAUGCGUCAUGUGUGAGUGUGUGUGUGUGUGCGCGCGGACGGCGCUGGAGCGCGCGGCGGGCGGGGCGGGCGGAGCGCGCGUGCCGGCGGCCGAGCUGCGCGCGGCGCGCACCCGCUGCGAGCGCGCGCUCGCCUGGCUCGAGCGCAACGCGCACGCGCCCAAGCAGGACUGCAGCGCGUGUGCGGGCCCGCGCUCGCCCGCCUCCGCCGCGCCCCCUCCGACGGCGCCGACGCGCCCGCCGCCGCCGCCUACGUCGUGGACAGCGACGGCGACGACCAAGACGAGGUGCCCGCCCCCGCCGCCGCGCGUCCGUCUACGAGGUGGACGACGACGACGAGGACGAAGCGACCGCCCGGCGCAGCCGCUACGGCCCCAAGCGGCCCGAGCCCUACCCCGACCCGCCCAGCGGCGUCACCAUCGAGGAGGUGGACUGAACCACGCGCGCGCGUGGGCGUGGGUUCGACACGACGAAUCGCUUAGGCGCGGGCUAAAAAUACACCUGCCUGAGAGAAGUUGGACGAAGGCACGCGGAGGCGGCGCCGCCACCGCCGAGCCGCGGCGCGGCACGGGACGGGACGGGACGGGACGGCGGGCGCCAGCCGCCCCGAAUACCCGCGCGCCGCUUUUAGCGCGUGACCAACCUGCGGGGCGCGCGCCACGCGGAAACCACGAACGAUCACAGUUUAUGGGGGAGGGGGCGGUCCCUCUCCGCUCUGUAAGGGCGCCUUUCCACGUCGCCACGGCGCCGCGCUUCCUACAAGCAGCAGAACACCGCAGCCACGGCCGCACCGCCGCCCGCCGGGUAUGUUUCGCCGACCCUCCGGCGACAACGAACAAGGGGACCGCAGCAAGUAAACCGCAGCGACCGGCGGCACAAUGGGAAGGCUCCUAUUUAAAGCUGUACUCUGCUAGCGGUGAUGUGCACGCCCUCCUCCGCUUCGCGUGGCUGGAGUUCGGCGUUGGCUGCCUCAGCAGCCGCCACCCGCUGCACCGCACCGCCGUCGCGACGCCCUAUGGCCUGAGCCUCGCCAUUAAUAAAGACAUUAUUAUUAUUAUUAUUAUUAUUAUUAUUAUUAUUAUUAUUAUUAUUAUUAUUAUUAUUACACCAUUCCACCUACCCAUCACUAAUUUAAGCACAAAAUGUAACUCGGUUAACGCCUCGUGUUGGCACAUUGACCGCCAAAUUGCUUCAAAUUUGGCCCAUCGUUUCUAA